UACGCUUAACGCUGACCACUGUGCAAUAAAGAAAAUAUAAGCUACAUGGUCACAAAACCCGUCACUGAAUAGUGAAUAGUGAGUGGCUAGACGCUAGUACCUACAAACAUUUUACUUUUAAGUCGUACUUAUCUAUUUGCUUUAUUUUUGUUUUAUCUACCUAGUGGUAAAGUUGCACUGUAACUUUUUUAUUUUAACAUAAUUUUGAUAUUGUACAAUUCUAGUUUAGAACAUAAUUUCUGUGGUCAGUACAAUCUACUAGUGGAUGAAACUGAAAUUUUAACAGUCAUUCCUGUUUACACUAUUUAGUGAAUUUUCAGUUGACUUUUUAUGUUUUAACUUAAGUAUUUGUGUAUUUUUUUAAAUUUAUUUCUCAUAAACUACCUAACAUCAUGGCUACGAAAAAGACACGUUAUGGUCUGAAAGAAAACCGGAUUCCUAUUGGAAAGAAAAAAGCUAGUAUCAAACUUGCAAAUGAAAAAUUCAAAAAUGACGAUUGUGCUGAUGAAUGUAUUGUAAAGAAAAAGGUAACAAAAUCUAACAAAAAAUCUGCCAACAGUGAACCCCUUCAAACAAUAAAUAUUAACUUAGAACCUACUAAUACAUCGUUGGUUAUUAAGAAGGAAAUUCCCAAAUCUAAAUUAAGUACCAUUACGGAAAUUGAAGAAAAUACUGCUAAAAACAAUGAGACAAAAUUAAAGAAAAAGCUAAUCCACAACAAUGUAAAAAAAAAUCAGAGUACAUUAUCAAUUGAGAAUAAAGAAAGUAUUGAAGAGUCUACAAAGUUAAUAAGAAACGUCAUUGAUGAUUUAGACAACACUGUAAAUGAUAUGAAACAUACAGUUUCUGAAACACCCGUUGUUUUGAGUCCUUAUGUUUGUACUACACGUGGACAGAAGUGGCGACCAAGCCCAAGGAAACCUCCUAAAUUAUCUGAAUUAUUUGACAAAUAUGAAGAUAACAGUGUUGCAGAUGUUUAUAGGAAAAAACUUGAUGAUAAAACUGUGGAACUACAACAAAAAGCAAAGUUUUGGGCAGAAAUUUCUUCAGAUAACAACAGUAUACCAAUAGAUUUCAAAGAUGAAAUUGAUGUUGUUUGUGGCCAAACAAAACUAUUGACAACUGAUAAAUUUAUGCAAAUGCGUUCAUUAAUAGAAGAAUUUGAUAAUAAAUCUGGAUCAAUGCCAAUAAAAACUGCAGACUUGGAUGGUUUUUGGGACAUGUUACUACUACAAGUCGAAAAAUUAGAAAAUCAAUUUAAAGAGUUAUCCAUGAUGAAAAAAAACAAUUGGGUUCCUUUGCAACCCGUCGUAAAAAAAGUUAUCAAUAAAACUGAAAAAACAGUGAAAGUGUCUCAAGUGAAAUCCAAAUUAACAGAAUUUCUUAAAAAUCAAAGAAUAAAAGCUAAACCGAUGACAACAAACAAUGAAAAUAACAAUCCAACUGAUUCUUCAAAUUCAUCACAUUUUCAUGAGAUGAAAUCAUCAAAUAAUACUUGUUUGAUUUCCAGUACACCAACAUCAAUUAAUCAAAAGAAUGUCAGCUUUACACCUAUGUUAUUAAAAACUAUGGAGCUAUCAUAUGUUGCUCGUAGGUCUGGUAUGACGCCAAUUGUUUUGGCUGAUCAACAUGUUUCGCCAUUAAAACCUGCUUUAAAAAAAUCUGCUAAAGAAAAAGGAGUGAAACGUAAAAAUAUUCAUUUUGAAUCUCCUAAAGCAACCUCAGACGAUUUUGUGACUCCUCAAAAUUCUUAUAAUUGUGAUAAUGUAAAACACGUACAAGAGAGAAUUGCUACUCCGCAUAAUAAAAGAAACUCCAACAAUAAACCAAACAAAACUAGUAGUGAAACAAAUGUGAGGCGAUCUUCUAGACUAGCUUCUAAACCAUCAAAAAAUUACAAAAUGUAAUGGUUUUAACUACUUAUCUUGUUUUUUUAUCACUUAUAGUUUUUGAUUUGACAUAAUAUCCUUAUAAGUUUGCUGGUUUUUUAACAUUUCUAAAUAAACUGUGUAUUUUCUGUUGUGAUACCUAUAAUUAUAAUAAUAUUUUU